AUGACCCACUGUCAAGUGACAGACUACAAGCCUCUGAAAAUAAAAGGACAUUUCAAAUCGCUGAAAAUUUUGAAUAUUUUACUUGCGACAAAGACUGCGACCAAAGUUAUUUGCAAAGAGAUCUUCAUGUUUUCAAAGAAACUACACAAAUCAAGUGAAAAAGAAGUUGACAUCAAUUUAUCUACUUUAAGAAGAGCUUCAUUAUCAUCAGCAGAUCAAGGACAGGUCCAUAUAGGGUGA